GAGCCGCGCCGAGCCGCUGCGGCGGCGGGGGAAGCUGUGGCCGGUGAGUGCCGGGCGGGCGGGCGGCCGCCUCAGCUCACCGUCUCCCGGGAUCUUCCCCGCGCCCCGCGGAGCCCCGGGCGGGCGGAGGUACGGGAGCUGUCGGCGGGGGGUCCGGGCCCGGGGAGCGCGGAGCGGCCCUGUGUGCGGCCCGCGGGGCUGAGCGGGGAGCGGCCGUCCCGGUGGGGUGGCGGUGGGUGCGGGGCAGCUCAUCCGGACGGGUUCUUCUUUAAGAGGCGAGGAGGGGAGGGGGGAGGAAAAAGCCUUCUGCAGGAUCAGAAGCGAACGCGUUCUGUGUGCCGCCGGAGAGAACUGCCAUUGAACGGUAGCUGCUGUCGGCUGGGUGAGCGCUGUCAGCCGGCUGCGCUCCGCAACUUCGGGGCCGCGGCUCAGCGCAGCACAGCACAGCACGGCACAGCUGCUGUCCGCUGCCGGCCGUACCGCGGCACAGCGGUGCCCGCGCAGCCCCGAGCGCAGAGCCGGCUGUGCUGGUGGGACGGACGCGGCUGUUGGGCUGCGUUUGGUUCCCGGCGCGGCCAAACGGGGCUGGCGCUGAUUGUAGUGGGGACGGCUGGAGUUUAGCGGAGCUUUUGCUGGCAGGGCUCAGCUCCCACGGCUCCGGCUGCCGUAAGAGUGCCAUAAGCCGGGUGGGCUGUAGCCCUGAAGUCAGCCCAGGUGACGCGCGGCUAUGGAUAGAAUCGCUGCCGAGGCAGAACAGCCCGGCGUGGGCUGCUGUCCCGACUGGUGGCCGUGGGGUAGGGGAUGUGAGCAGCUCUGCGGGUCCUUCACCGCCCUCACCCCUCUGCUGUUCUGCUCAGCCAAAAGAUUUUCCUAUCCGGACCCCUUCUUCCCUCUCUCCAAAUACUUGGUGCCUCCGUGCAUGGGAGCUGUGCUGUUUUCUUUCUCUCUCUCGGUUUCUAUGGUGCUGCUGUGUGAAAGCAGCUCCCCAGCUCCCCUCACAGCGAAUAAAACAGCCAGAGCUUGGUUUUGCCGUGCUGGUGAGAGGCAGUGCUGCAGCCACCCCUUGUCACCCCAUCCCAGAUGCUUUGCCUGGGCGCUGCAUGGGCACUGGGGCAGCUGCUCUGGGGCCUUUGCUGAGCUUUCCAGUAAAGCAGCAGCAGCAGCAGCAGCAGGCAGGGCUGCAGCUCACUUGGAAAACUGCUGGGAAUGGAAACUACUCAUGAAGGCACUGUGGAAGCCUGUGCAAACAAAGGGCAGAGGAUGGGAACAGGCACAGAUCUGUACUCCUGAGGGUGAUCACCCCAUCCAGGCUGUGAUCUCCAUCCUGGAGGUAAUUCUUUCCAUGCAUUAAAACAGGAGCCUGGGAUGGAGGUGUGUGUGACUUAGGCACCCGUUCCAGGUCAGACAAAUGCAGGUCCCACUAUAGGGGCUGAUUUGGAGGAGGUCCUUCUCGGUGGCGCUGCAGGACCCGUGGUCAGCGUGGGGAAGCCUGCAGCAUCUCUUUCCCUUUCCAGCUGCGAUGGCUUUGUUGAGUAGGAGAGGGGGGUGAUGUUUCUAAUUAAGAGGAGAAAAACAGUCUUGUACUUCUCCCCUUCAUUGUUUGUUUGUUUGUUUUUUCCUCUCUUUUCUCUGGACAUAACAAUGCUUAAAGCGCAAAUGGAGCAAAGUGAAAUCCCAGGGCAGGGCUGCGGUGGGGUUGGAGCACAGCGAUGACAGCAUGGCACAGGGCGCAGCCGGGGCGCUCCCUUUGUCACCGGGGGCACUCGCAGGCACUGCAGCCGUCUUUGUGCAGGGGGUAUUCCCAGGCUUGUCAGAAAUGCCAUCGUUUCUUUCCCUUCUCUCUCUCUCCGUUCAGAGCAGGACCGUGUCCUGAUGCCUUCUCAGUGUAGGGAAGAGGCUUCGAGGGAGGCUGUUGCGGAUGAAGGAGAAGGGCCUUUCAGCCUUUUCUUUUUCCUCCUUAAUACGAGGAUGCUUGAGAGGGCCACGUCAGGAACAGGGUGGGGAGAGUGCCUUGGAAUGUGGCCUGCAGAGUGUCCUUAACACAGAGCGGUGCCUGGGUGGGACAGGUUUGUAUCACGAGCCCUUGGAAACUCGCAGAGGUGAGAGGCAGUGGAGGGGGAGGGUAUCCAGCGCUGGGUUUUGUGUGGGCAUCCUCAGCUCUUCCUCCCCUUGAAUGGUGCCCUGGGGCUGUUCUCAGGCUGCUGCUAUAGAAGGGUUAUAGGAGGAUGAUAUGGUAGGAGUGUGGCCCCACAGCUUAGCUUGAGGAUCUGCCUUCAGCCAGGUGCGUGCUCUGCUCCACUGCUUUGGUAAGUAAGGAGGUUUGCGUGAAGCUUCUAAUAACUUCUCUUGGAAAUGGGUCGAGCAAAUAUUUGUUUGCCUAGGGUGUCACGCCACUACUGUACAAAUGCUGCGGUGGGGAAUCGCUCUGGUUUUUUUGCUGCUUUGUUUCUUUUCGUGCCUGUUUGGUGCUCUCUGACAAACAGCACCUGUUGAUGGUUGUUUGGAACCGGUGGUAUAUUUAAUGAGCCGAGAUCUCUGCUUUAAGGCCCCAACCGCAUCGCUCCUGAGGCUCCAGAGGGUACUCUGGAGCUGAGCAGCACCCCAAUGCAGUGCUCCUCCAGCAUGGGGGGACCGUGCAGGCUGCAGGUGGCACUAAUGGGGCUGCUCGGAGCGUGGCUUAUUCCCAGUCCUUGUGAGGUGAUUCUGUGCUUGGUGCACGCAGGUUAAUUGCCCCCUGGUGUGUUGGUGGUGCUCUGUAGUCAUGCAGGUGUGAGUGCUGGGAACGUGUCAUCCUCUGGCACGUGCAGGGCGUUGCGUGGGGCUGGUGUUGUGUUUGUUAGGCAGGAUGGGAACACAGGCUGCUCUUCUGAAAUGGGUCUUGUUCUCCCUUUCUUUGCUAAGAAUCGUUUCCGUGUUGGAAAAUAUUUAGGAAAAGGAGAGGCUUUCUGAUAGGGGCAGAGCUUUAAUGGCACGUUACAGGCAGGAUGGGCUGGGGGUGGCACAGCAGCCACGGGGGAUUUGCAGAUCCCUCCUGCAGGCACAAGGAGAGCUGGAGGUGCCUGGCUGUUACCAUGAGAUGUCAGCUAGGGCUCGUUUGCUCCAGGUGGAAGGCCAGUUCCUUUUCCAGUGUCUGCCAGUUCCAGUGUCUGCUCUUCGGGUGUAGUUUUCCAUCUUACUGUGAUCUGGGGUCAGGUGUGUGUUCUCCAGGGCAGUGCUGUUUCCCACAGGAGUCUCCCAUCUGCAGGUUGCAGAGCAGUGCCUUUGCUUUCCUCAGUCACCGUCUGCAGAUGCCUGCAAGCAGCCUGUGGAUCCCCAGCAGCAUGUGGGGGGUGGGAGCAAAACCACAGCUUCAGAAGGAGAAGAGCCUCAGUUGUUUAAAGGGACUUCAAAGUUUUCAUGUUCCUGCUUUGAUCUUCUCUGGUGUCUGGGAUAGGUCUCUUUCUUCUUUCUCUGUGUUUAUUUUCUCCCCUGUUGUAGUUUGCAGCGUGCUGUCAGAGCAGUUGGAGCUGAGCGGGUGAGGGCAGAAGGAGCUGCUGCUUCCAGGGGCAGCCACCACACCAAUGGCACUGCAGGCAGACGCAGCCAUCCCUGUGUGCUCACAGUCCUGCUGCUCAGCAAGGUGUAGAGAAGCAGCAAGUCAGACUUGGGAUGAAGAUUGCAAACCUCUGCCUCGCUCUGGCACUGCCUCCAGGAUCCCCAGAAGCAGCCAACAUGCAGCUGGUAGAUCCAGCAGCUUGAGAAAGCAGCCCUCGCAGGUGGCAGCUGUGGGCUCUGUCCCUCUCUCACCUGCCAGCCGUCCUCUGGGGUGAGGACUGAAGCCCCCAGGAGCCGAGAUGCUGCUGGAGCAGCGGGACGUGCCUGCCUUCAUCCUGCUGCUCCUGCAUGGCAUGCAGCCAGCAGCUCCUGAAUGCUUUGCUGUGAUGGCUGCAGCACCCGGGAGCUGCUUGGGAAGGAAGCCACGGUGAGCCACCAGGAGCGGCGUGCACUGAGGUUACACCUGGGGACUGCUAGAGCAAAGGCAAGGAAUGCACGGGUUGAACGGAGCAGAGCUGUGCCAUGAGGUGCUUGCAGGACGGGGGCCUCAGCGUCCCCACGUGCCCCCAGGGCUGUGUGCAGGGCAAGGUGGCUGCAGCCAACACGCAGAGCAGAUCCUCGGUUCCCUCCCGGAGCCUCAGGAUGCGGUGACGUCCAAAACGUCAGAUGUUGUUUUAAGAACUUCCAAAUGCUUUGAAACACUAUUUAUUAUUUUAUAAAGCCGGGCCCUGCGUUCUGUGGGAAGGUAUGCGAGGGAUCGCCACGCUAUUUUCUUUGCAUAUUUUCCUAAUGUUAGAAACCAUCCCAAAGAAGUAUUGCAUUGUUUCGUUUGCCCCUCGGCACUUCGUAUUUGUCUAAAAAUAAGAGCUAAUGCCAGCAGCCGUACACAGCAAGUGGGUGAAGCUGCACGUUGUGCACCCGGCGUGUUUGGGGGGGAAGGAAGCAAGAUUCAGCUGGUGAUUGCAUUAGGAGAUGUGCAUCAAAGUGGAUCUUUUAAACCAGCACGUCAGUAUGGUUUGGGUUUUUUUUGGUCUUUUCCUGUAUAAAAUGCCAUUAAUCCAGUCAGAGGCAGAAAAUGCCCUCGUAAACGGGCUGGGAAGGGUCAGUUGAGGUGAAUAAACAAGCAGGCUUCUUGAGGAAGGACCAAAAACCGGCCUGCUGCCACCGUGAGUCUGCGGGGCACCUUACAUACAGCCUCCUACAGAGCUGGGGCUGUGCUGCCAGGAGUCUCCUGCACCUGGUGCAGCACUGCUCUCAUUGCAGGGAUGCCCUCCUCCUGCUGCCUUCCACCAGCCUGCCCAGCAUCUCCCACCCUGCAGCUGAUCCUGUGCUGUUUGGGGUUUGAGUUAUGGCCGUAGGAGCUGGCGGUGCUGAUUCUUUUCUCUUCCGUUUAUUUAUUUCUUCCCCCCCCCCCUUCGUUUUAAUCCCGUCUCCUGGGAGAUUCCAGUUGAAAUCUAUUCAUUGCUGAAAUAUUUCUUUUCCCUCGCGCUGCGGAUGCCCAGUCCGGUUCGAUUGUGUGGUUUGUUCCUGGCAGGGGAGGAGAAGAGGAGAGGAACGGGAGGAGAGCUGUGCUCGGGGCUGCCUGUGUGCAUGGAUGUGCGUGCCCUGUUUGUGUUCCCUUUGCUCUGUCAAACUGAAGUUAAGAGUCGGUGAGGCAGCUGCUCGCGUGUCCGGAAUGGAAGCUGAUGUGCAGAAGGUCCUGCAUGGGCUGAAAUGCAAGCAAUAUCUUGGGUCUUUUGGCAGGGUGGAAUGGGGAGAUCAGCUCAGCAGCCCAUCCAGGCAGGCAGGAUGCCUCUGUCCUUGCCUGGAGGUAAGUGCUGCUGCUGGGACUGCUCGGUGGGUCUGCAGUGUUUGGGAUGGCAGUGUUUGGGAUGGCAGUGUUCAGGUGGUGCUUCCGUAGCUGAGAUUCACAGCGUGGUUCUGCACCCCCCCCCAGAACCACGAAUUCAGAAGUCAGCAGUGCAAAUCCAUUGACAGCACACAGAGGGUUCCUCUGCUUGUCCCUGGAAGUCUGGGCACGGUCUGUUCCUGCUUGACAGUUCUCCUCCAGAACCACAGUGUCGCUUAUGUGUGUUGUCCCCCUGCCUCAGUGAAACCCCACAUCCUCACAGCUCUGGGAGCUGAAGCUUUUCCCUGCCUGGUGCUCUCAGUGAGAGCAUCUUUUCCUUCUGCAAAUGUUAUGAAGCUUGUGAUAAAGUUGCAUGGCUUGGCAAUGCCAGUUUGGUGCUGUUUGUGUGCCAGAACUGCUGAAUGAGUCUUUUAUCACGCAUUUGUAACAGUAGCUGUCAGAGAGGGAGCUUCCAGGAGGAGUGCUUUCAGAAGAAUGCUUUUGUAAAGGAACGCUGUCCUGCAAAGAAGUGCUUUGCAGGGGGAGGGAAAAAAAACCCACCAAGCCCAACAUUUUUUCUUGUGUUAGUGUUGUAGAAGUUGCUCGUUAAUUUGGGUGAGUUUUUGCUUCCAUUUCUUGACAAUUUUGUCUCUCUGCUUUGUGCUAAUGAGCGCUAGUUGAGCUCCAAGUGUUUAGGGGGGAAGAGACAUUUGGAUUCUGAGCACCAAAUGCUGGGUGACCUCUGCUGUGUUGGCCGUUGAGCUGUUUCCCAUGUGAGCACGAGCUGUGUGCUCCUGGAUGGCAGGAGCUCCAAGCUUGUUCUCCCCGGUGACCGCCACGCAAUUAGGGAUUUUUAAUGGUAAUCCUGCUUUAAAAAAAAUUACACUGAUGUCUGGCAGUGGUUUGGCUGCCGCUUUCUGGCCGGCACCUGGCCGUGCUGUUCUUGAAGGACCUCCCUGCAGUGGGGUACAGUGGUGUUAUGCUCCAUUUCCAGCUUGGCUUUGGGUUGCUAUCCACUGCUCUGAAGUCCCCAGCUCGCUGUGUAGCUGCUCAUCUCACUGGCACUAAGGCAAGAGAUUCCAACAUUAAAAGAGGAAUGUGAUUAUAAUCCCGUAAGAAAGAAAAUGACAGAGGAAUUUGGCAGCGGUUGCAGCCCGCGAAUGUAAUGUACGAUAUUUUAUUCAUUUAAAAAAAACGAUUAGAUUUCAAGCUGACACUUUAAAUGACAAAUCACCUUAAAAAGAUUUCUGUGCACAGAGCUGUCGGCGUGGCUUUCCAUUGCUGUCUGUGGAGACAGUGAGAUGCAGAGUUCCCCAUCCCAGCAUGUCCAGGCUGCGGCUCACCAUGCAGGACCCUUCAGGGAAUGUGGGAGCGGGGUUUGUGCCCCACAUCCCUUGGGGAUGCUGUCACCUUCACGUUGUUUCUUUCUGCAUGCGGGAAUCUCCUGUUUUAUCUCCUUGCUUGGAGCUUGGUUACCUAAAGGAUGAGGAGCCCCAGCUUUUGCCCGCAGGCCUAAGAGUGGCUGUAUGGACUGGGAAGAGAAUGUGAGAGGAGAGAGGUCCUGCUGUCCUGGUCCUUUUUUGCUAUGGGGAGAAGCUAACUGCAGUUUGCUGAGCUUUCCUGCGUGAUGGUGAGUCUUUAAAACCUGACCCACGCAGGAUUUAAAGUCGUAAAAACACCGCAGUAGGAAUUUUUAGCUCAAUAAUUUCACAGUUCCUUCCGUUUGGGAUGGAAAAAAUGACUCAGGUAGAGGUGAGUUGGGCCAGGGCUGUAUCUGCUGGUGAAGUCCUGGGGAUUGGGCACUCUUUUGCUGAUAAUAGGCGCCCCAGAGCAGCUGGCUGCACGGAGGUACCGCACCGAGGGAAGGAUCCUUCAUCCUCAGCUGUUGGCACGAGAGGAGAGGUCAGCUGGAGGGAGGCCAGAGCAUCGUGAUUGAGUUGACUGGAGGUCUGGAAAUGCUCGUUUGAGACAGCCUGGGUUGUUGGGCUCCAGCUAAGAGAGGAGGGAGGGAGUCCGUAGGCAGCCAGGAGUGCACGGCGGGGAAGGUGGUCUCUCUUUUCCAUGGUCACAGUAGAUAGGAGGACAGGCCAGGGUCUGAUUUGUGGAGAAAAGAGUUGAGACUAAAGUAUUUCUCAACGUUUUCCCUAAAAGCGAUGAUUGUUAAACACCGGAUUUGUUGGUUUGGGGAGAUUGGAAGAUAACAAUGCAUUAGAAAUAUUUCUCAUGUUGAGUGCUGACGGAGGUGCAGUUCAUUCUCCCACAUGCCAGGAGUUGUCCAGGUGCUUUCCUGGGGUCCUUCUGCACAGCACAGCCCUGGACUAAAGGGGUUGUUGUCAGUCUGAAAUAAGCAAGAGGUGACAGGUUAUGUUCUAUGGCUUCAGUUUUCAGGAGUCUUUUCAAGAAUGCCAGCUUGUCUUUGGGGGAAACAACCAUUUUAUAGGGAUGAGCAGCCAAGGGAUCUGUGCUGUUGAUGGGUGAGCAUAGAGUGCAGUCCAGGAAGGAGCUAUUCUGGGCUGCAGAUGUGAGUAGCAGCACAUCAUUUUGGGUCUCACAGUGUGGGUGAGCUCUUCAGUUUUGCUCUGGGUUCCAGGACUCACAGCAGCAUGGCAUGGGAUCUGUGGUGUAGGACAGAAGGUCCUGUGCUGCCACAGGGACGUGGCUGGUCGCUGUCGAAGCAGCAACCGUGCAAAGCACGUGCGUGUCUGAGCUGCGUCCCUGCCUGCAAACAGAAGGAAGGAAAGCCUGCAAGAGAGAGGUGAAACAUCGUGGUGCUGCCCUGGGGACCAGUGGCCUCGUUUCUGUCAUUCAAGGAUGGUUUUGCACUUUGAUGGCUUGCCCUCCUGCAGGGCAGGCUGAUGGGAGCUGGGCUCAGGCUGCCUCCCCCGCUGCCCUUGGCACCCAGCUGGGCUGUGCGUCGCUUCUGCAGGUCGGGAAGGAAGCUUUGUUCUGGAACAGCACUGUGCAGUUUCCAGUAACGUCAAAAAGAACCCAGAGCAGAGCAGGAGGAGGGCUGUUAAAAAAACUCGGAGGUGAGAUUGCCAAGUGAAAGCAAACCAGAACAAUCUCUGCUCUUGGGGCUUGGAGUUCUCAGUGCCGAGACCCCGUGUGUGCUCAAACACAGCAGUGGUUCCUGCUGGGAAUUGGGGAAUGCUGAUGUGGACCUGCUGUUCUCCCUUGCUUUUUACAAACCUGCUGUCCACUGCAGAUUGCAAACCACAGGUACAUUCGAGUGACUGAUCCUCUGUGUCAGGCCUUACAUUUUGGGGAUAUAUUUGUCUUCAUUCUUGAAUCGCAGCUUUUGAGCCAUCUAUUCAGUCCAAGGAAGCUGUAAUGCUUGGGAGGGAGGUUAAGUUCUGUAAUGAAUAGCUCUGGCACAGAGUGGAAAUCCCUAAUGCAGAGGGACCUGAGCAACAAUCUGAGUGUGUCGUAGCUAUCAGAAGUGCCUGGGAUUUUUGUAUAUGAAAGAAGUUAGGGAAAAAAACAUUCCUUGGUCGCCUUUGGCUGCCCGUAGUUUCCAUGACAGGCAGCCGAGCUGUUGGCAUGCAGUGCUCAAAGCAGCCCCCAGCUCCUGCCCCUUACCCCCACCUCUCCCACACAUUGUCUUACUGGAGGCAGCAGCCUCAGGCAAUUCAGGCAGGAGCUGCAGAGGGUUCUAUAGCAGCUCAUGCUGCCAAAUGUGCAGUUUUUUUGCUCCGUUUCCAGAACUAGGUUUUAGGAACCCGCGUUUUGCUCUGCCACCAGCCCGAGUUUCUAUUUAAAACACCUUUAAUUGCAGGAAUUAAAAGGCACUCAAACUGUUACAAGCAAGGUCACUCUUCUUAAUUCAGAUACCCCGAGGAUCCGGAAAUCUUGUCUGUUAAAGCCUCAGACGUAUGUUUCAUCCCUAAAGGAGCAUGCAGAUGCUAUUAAAGCUGCCACAGCCAGCCCUGAGUCGACUACUGGCACUUUAAAGAUGCGUGCAAGCAAAGAAGAACUGGAAAAUGAAGGGUUAAGGACAUGCUCCAUUCUGCAGGUUCAGUGGCAAAUAUGAACAUUUGUCAACAUUUGACAUCAGCUCCUUGGGACAUCAUGAAUUUGCUGGAAUCUGGAAGACAGAGCACUUGCAGUAGCGCUUUUUGAAUGUUAAUUUAAGUUAAAGAGAAAUAGCAUCAUCCGGAUCAAUUGUAGUGAUGGCUAGCAAAAGGAAAUCCACAACUCCCUGCAUGAUCCCAGUAAAAACACUGGUGCUUCAGGAGACUGAACUGGAGACUGUUGAAGAGGAGCCUGAAGGAACACAGCAAGAUGCUCCCACUGAAGGGCUGGCCCCAAGCAAUGCCGGUGCCACCACCAGCAGCAGUGAAGCAUUGUCCAAUGGGUACCGCAGCAUCACCGAUGGGGACACUUACAUCUGCAAGGGUUGUGACUUUGGGUCUCAAGAUGUUCAGCAUUUCUUUGGGCACCUGGACUCUGAGCACUCGGACUUCAGCAAAGAGCCCACGUUUGUGUGCGUUGCUUGCAACUUUCUGGUGAAAAGCCACGAAGGACUCUCACAGCACAACACGGAGUCGCAUGGCAGUGAAACGAGCUUCGUCUGGAGGGUGGCUAAGCAGGACGGCCGUACGGUCGUGGAGCAGAGCCUAUCGGAUACUGCUAGCAGCCACAACCCAGCGGGAGAGGUCCCUGAGGAAGCGGUAGAUGGUCAGUCUGAAAUCAUCAUCACCAAAACCCCCAUCAUGAAGAUAAUGAAAGGCAAACCUGAGGCCAAAAAGAUCCACACGCUGAAGGAGAAUGUGCCGAGUCAGCUGGGUGCUGAGUCGGAGACAAAGGACGGAGAGGCUUCGUUCACCAGCGGCACGGCGCCGGUCAGCCAGGCCACCGCCAGUGCCACAAAAUCAUCUCAUGUAGUGAACGGCUCCAUCAUUGGAAACGUGCCCGUUCUGCCCGCGGGCGUUGCACAGCUGGUUUCACUGCAGCAGCAGCAGCCUCCCUUGCAUCAGCAGCUACCUACGUCCAAGUCCCUUCCCAAGGUGAUGAUUCCCCUGAGCAGCAUUCCCACGUACAAUGCAGCCAUGGACUCCAACAGCUUCCUGAAAAACUCUUUCCACAAGUUCCCUUACCCCACAAAAGCUGAGCUCUGCUACCUGACCGUGGUGACAAAAUACCCCGAAGAGCAGCUGAAGAUCUGGUUCACUGCUCAGAGGCUGAAGCAGGGCAUCAGCUGGUCCCCAGAGGAGAUAGAAGAUGCCAGGAAGAAGAUGUUUAACACGGUCAUCCAGUCCGUGCCGCAGCCCACCAUCACGGUGCUGAACACACCGUUAGUUGCCAACCCCGGCAGCGUCCCGCACCUCAUCCAGGCGACUCUGCCGGGCCACGUGGUGGGGCAGCCCGAGGGCACGGGCGGGCUGCUGGUCACACAGCCCAUCAUGGCCAAUGGGCUGAAGGGCACCAGUUCCUCCUUCACCUUGGCAGUGAGCUCCGUCCCCAAGCCCCCACCGGCAGCCCAGCACAGCACAGUGAGCUCUGGCAGCGCCUCGGCACUGAAGGUGGUCACAGCCACCCCGUCGGUGCUCACCGCCUGCCCGGCCAUCUCCUCACAGACCUUCCUGGAUCCCAACGUCUUCAAGAACAAGAAGUCCCACGAGCAGCUCUCCGCCUUGAAGGGCAGCUUCUGCAGGAAUCAAUUCCCUGGGCAGGCUGAGGUCGAGCGGCUGACAAAAAUAACUGGCUUGUCCACAAAGGAGAUUCGGAAGUGGUUCAGCGACAGGAGAUACCACUACAGGAACGUGCGAGGCGGUAGGGCCGUCUUCCCCGGAGACAGCGCUCUGGACUCUCUGCCUGAAAUUCCCCUUGAAGUGCCUCCCAAGGGAGCGGAGCUGACGCCUGCGGCUGCGGCCGCACCGGUCCUGCAGCACCCGGGCAGGCGGCAGUCCUGGCACCAGGCGCCCGACUUCACGGCCACCAAGUACAAGGAGCGCGCGCCGGAGCAGCUGAAGGCCCUGGAGAACAGCUUUGCCCAAAAUCCUCAGCCCCCGGAGGAAGAGGUGAAUCGCCUGAGGGGGGAAACAAAGAUGACGCGGAGGGAGAUUGACAGCUGGUUCACAGAGAGGAGGAAGAAGAAGGUGGCGGAGGAGAGCAAGAAAGCGGAGGAAGCAGGGCAGCAGCAGGAGGAAGAAGAGGCUGAGAACGGCCGUGGGGAAGGAGAAGACUCCUUGGAUGACCUGAGGGCCCUGGGUGAGAACGGCUCGCUCGACGCCUCCGCCGGCAACCCCAACUCAGCCGAGCGCAAGGUGAGUCCCAUCAAAAUCAACCUGAAGAACCUCCGUGUGACAGAGUCCAACGGCAAGGGAGAGGCCCCCGGCACCACUGCAGGUGAGAAGGGGGACGGCGGCAGCAACCAGCCCCCCAGCCCUCCCAAACCCAAACUGAACUUUAAGAAAACAGCCCAGCAGCGGCACUUACUGAAGCAAAUGUUCGUGCAGACGCAGCGGCCGACGAACCAGGAGUACGAUGCCAUCGUGUCGCAGACCGGCCUGCCGCGGGCCGAGGUCAUCCGCUGGUUUGGUGACAGUCGGUACGGCUACAAGAACGGGCAGCUCAAGUGGUAUGAGAACUACCGGCGCGGCAUCUUCCCCCCGGGCCUGCUGGAGGUGAGCGCGGCGGGGCGGGAGGUGCUGGAGGAGCACUACAAGAAGCACAAGGCGCUGCGCGAGGAUGAUGUGCCCGGGCUCUGUGAGCGCACCCAGCUCAGCGCCCAGCAGGUGAAGGUGUGGUUUGCAGCGAAAGUGGAGGAGGAGACCCGGAGCAGCUCUGAGGAUGCCUUCUCCAGCAGCGAGCAGACGGGGAGCCAGAAAGGGCCGCCUGACGCUGGCUCGGAGGUGUCGGAGAACAGUGAGCCCUGGGAGCCGGGCGGUCCGGAGGGGGCAGCUGAGCCCCCCGGAGCCCCCGUCCAGCCGCCCGCCACACAGCUUGAAACAGACUGAACUCAAACCACUUGUCCCAGAGGAUCCACUCUUACCUUUGAGGAGUUUUUGGUCUUUAAGAAGUUGAUGGGCCGGUGUGAUACAGACGUCAGGAGCAGGACAUGGUGAUAAAGCACUGCCAUAAAAUGAGACCUUUGAGUGCAGCACGAGAGAGAAGUGCGAGUGCAAACUGGGCACUGAGUGCAGAGCUCUGGCCCAGCCCAGGAGACAGCUGAGGGCUGGCAGAGAUGGGGGCUGCGGGCUCAGCUCGCACCCAGGAAAUAGGAUGCUCUUGUUUGCUUUUCAGUGGACGAACUUUCAGAUUUCAUACUCAUAUACGGAUGCCUACAGCUGCCUAUACAAGCAUAACGAAUCUCAGACAUUGUGUAAACAAGGUCAUUGCUUAGAUAUGGACUAUUAUGGCACAAUACGUUUUUUUCAUCUGUCCGUUAAGGUGUUUGUUCUCUAAAGGCUGGCAUGGCUGCAUAUAACCUCUCUGCCUUUUUCAGUCCCUAAGCUCUGGCAUUGAAGAGUUCUGCAGGACGCAUACGUGUGUGUAUGUGUGGGUGCAUGUCAGGAAAGGUACCUGAGAAAGAAGCUGCCAGUCUUGUACUGAGGCCAGGUGGGAGCUCAGUGUUCAUCCUGAGGGGUGAGGUCAAAUUUAGCAUUGCACGCUCUCCAUUAAGCAGCAGCAAACCCAGGAGAGGGAGUUCGGUGUUGUUUGUCCCUUGUUGGCUGAAAGCACAUUCCCUUUUGCAGUUGGAGACUGACUGCAGCAGGCUGUUCAAUCUCCAAGUCUCCCUUUAAUCACUGAGAACUAGCACAUCAUAAUUUUUCCAUCCUGACCUGGAAUCCUUUUCAUUGUUCGGAGAGAACAAGCUGUUCUUCAGAGGACAAAUACGGAGAAGCACAGAGCUGCUGAGAGUGGUUCAAGCCAUUGUUGUCUCCAAGGGCUCUGCGAGGCAGCAGCAGUCGGGAAGUUUCCCACUUUCAGCCCUCUGUGACUAUGAGUGAUCCUCCAGCAGCGGUGCUGAUAACUUCAAGUAUUUGCUUUUUUCCAUCUUUUGGUUUUUUCCAUCCACAGCAGUUCUGCCUUCACAUGACAGAGCCACGCAGGUUUCUCUGUUAACCUCUCUGCUUCCACACCCUGCUCCUUUUUUGAUGUGCUCCCCUUGUCUCGGUGGUUGCUGCGUGAUGUGGCUGCUUGAAGCCUUUUUUAAUAUCCCUCCCUAACAGAACACAAGGUCUAGAGGAGGACUGAGCUACAGCCCAGCCAAGUGCUGUGUCAGACCGUCCUGUCGUAAACGGAUCGCUUCCCAGCUCAAAAUUGGUUCCAUGUCUUGCCUUCACUUUUGCUCUUGGAAGGCUGCUCCAGAGCUCCGCUGCCUUUGUAUGGUUAGAAACUUUCUUUAAAUUUCUAGUUUGGAUUAAUUCGUGGCCGGUUCGUUCCUGGUUUGUUUUGGAGCCAACAUUGUCCCUUAACUUAAAUAGUUUUUGGUGUUUACCCGCUGAUGUAUUUAUGGAGAGUAGUCACAGCUUCUUAUUUUUGCCAAGCUUUUUCUGUAGAAGGGUUUUAUUUAGUGAGAGCUUUUUAAUGUGGGAGACUUUAUUGUUGGUGGUAAAUGAUAUUUAUUAGAAGGGUGGGUAGCAAGCCUCAAAGGAUCCAAUCCAGAGGUUUACAAAAAAAAUCUGUUUUAAAAACAAAAAGCUCUUUCAGAACCUCUUCCAAAGAUGGUGUCUGAUUUCUACCUUUAAUUGCUUUUGCUUUUCCAGCUCGUUCUUUGUCCCCUCUUCACGAGCCUGCCUGACGUUGUGGGAGAAGCUCCCUCUGCUGCAGGGGGUUCUCACGGUACAUGCCCGCCUGGUGGGCGCUCAGAUGCAGACGUGUUGUUGUAACCCCCUUAGCAGUCACAGAUCCUCCCCAGGAUGCCAUGAGCUAGAGCAGGCUCUGAUUCCUCUCUGCGGCAGCACUGCUGCCUGCAUGCCUUGGUUGGAGGCACGGCAGUGAUGCCACCUCUACCCUACAAUGCCCAGGUGAUGGGGGACAGAGGGGUGCUGCCAGAGACAAGGCUGCCAGAAUGGAGCGUGGGUGCAUGUCCAGUGCUGCCUUCAGAGAACAAAUGCAGGUAGGUAAUUUACUAUUGUCUAUGUACGUGCAGGUUUAUUUAAGUACACAUAUAUACAGUUCAGAUAUGCCAUUGAUUCUUUAUUGCGUUAAGAGGUACAUUAAAAAUGUACACUUCUACUAACUACUCGCUAUAUAACUAUGUUGGAAAUGUAGUUCGCCCAUUCAAGGCGGUUUUCUGUGGGAUUUUGGUGUGCACUUAAAGGCCUGUGGCUAAUUGGAAGAGUGAUCCCCGCUCAUCUACAGAAAUGCUUAAGGAUGAUGGUGUGGAGUGGUCCCUUGGAACUGUUUUCCCAUGCACUAGCUGAAACGUUUUGCACUUGGGUUGUUUUUUGGCCAGUUUUCCAGCAAAAUGAGAAGCCUUGCGAGCUAGAGGGAGAAUUUCCCGGUGUACACAGAAAAACAGCCUUGAGGGUUGGAAGCUGCUGAGGGUUUUGAGCUUUGUCUGCAUGCAUUCAUACAAGCACAGCAGGAGUUUUCUUUCUUUUGGGGCAGAGGAAUUCUAAGAAGUGGUUCCAUGCAGGCUCCCCCCGUCCGUAGGGCUGAGCUGUGCGGGGCGGGGAGACGUAAGGACAAAAACCAACACCAAAAAGUAACUGAGUUUGCUUUCUGACUCUCACACAUUCCUCGUUAGCUGCGUUUUUAGUUGACUUGAAAUCUCCGUGGAAGUAUAAGCUGAAGGUGAGAGGGUUUAAGCUCCGUGCUCCUCUGUUUCCCUAUCGCAUCAGUUGUGAAGCUAAAGAGAAGCAGGUGUCAUCUCCUAACAGACCGAGGUUAGGGGCAGGACAUCAGGAACUGUGUGCUUGCAUCUGGAACUGAAAUAGUGGAGGGGGCUCACCAGUCCCAGCACAGCUCUCCUGGUGGUGAGGGGAGGUGUCACUGCAGUCCUGCUCUUAGCGUGAAUAUUUAUCGUCAUCGAAUCAAUGACGAUGUCUUGACUUGAAAGGAGGAACGUAGAAUAGAGGUCAUGUAGCCAGCAUCAGUAGGGAAGGGAAAUUACUUUCUUCACCUCCAUCAGCUGUGUGUGAGCUUGGGCUCAGUAAGCACAGCACUGAGCAUCCUUUGUAAUCCAUGUGAAUCUUGUUACUUCUGUCUCUGAGGCUGCUUAGAUUCAGGUUGCAAUCCGAUUGCUUAAUAACCUGAUCUGUGCUGUGCCCCACUCGCUCACCUACAGGGCUCUGCUUCUCCCAGUGCAAGAUUCAUCCACAGCAGCAGCCAAGCUGUUUCACUUCUACAUAUGCUUUGUGCUCUACGUGGGUUGCUGAUUCUUCUGUUCCCUAACUAGCAUCCUGGAGAUCAUUCCUUUUUUUUUAAAUUAUUAUUUUUUGAACCAGAGCACUAAAGCAUGAUUUACAGGCUCCUGUUCCCAUCUGUCUGCGAGCUGAGCGCUGCUGCCCAUCAGGCUCACAGCCAUGGAGUGAACAUAGCCACGUGUCCUGCACCAGGGUCAGCACCCAGAGCUCCAGUGCAGGUAUUUAAGGUGGCUGUGUCCCCUCCAGCUGGGGGAUUCUCUUGGGCACUGCUGGCAGCUGUGAUCUGAUCCCCCCCACAGCUCAGUGCAGAGCUGCAGCCUGGCCCAGCAGCGCUCACGCAGAGCAGGAGCUGCAGGAUAUCUGCUUGGCUGAUGUUUGCUAGGCUGCUUUUGCAUCCCACGUUCGGGCCACUUUUUGUUUAUUUUUUUAAUGAAAAGUCAUGAUUUUUGGUCAUGGGGGAAGUUCUGCGCUCUUCCUUCCCUGCAGUCCCUCUCUCAGAGACAGGUCAGAGAUGUGACCAGAAGAUGUUUGGAAGCUGCUGGGGUCACUGGGAAUCAGAAGGGAAGGACAACAUCAGCACUUAGGCACAGAUUGCAGCGUUUCUUUCUCCUGCUUCCCAGAUAACUGUGGCUUCACUCUUUUCAAAUCCAUCUGAUUCAGCUCACUGCAUAACCUCCACUUUAAUUUCUCAGUUGAUCUCAAAACCAGCAGGGAAAGAUCAGGCAAUGGGGAUGGCCUUGCAAGCUGUACUUUGAUUUUUUUUUUUCCUGCAAGUUCAGUUAGUGCUGUGUCUCCUGCUGGCAGCAGUGCGUGCCAGGAAUGCUGCACUGGCAUGGCAGGCCAUGAGAGCAGAGCAAGUGAGCGCUGUUACCAAAGCAGCAGUGGUUAUCCCUUUCUUUUUUUCUCAUUGCCUAUUGCAGCAGAGUGCUCCACUGGCUGCCCUUGGCCACGUGUGGAUCGGCCAAAGCCGUGGAUGGAGGGCAGGUCAGCAGGGCUCUUGCUCACUGGUGCUAGCGAAGGUUGGGCUUAGGAAUCUGUGGCAUAGAGAACUUCUUGCUAAAAAUUGCACUUUCUGUCUGCCCCAUCUGGCUGGCGGUGUUAAUGGGUACGUGGCUGUGAUCCCCCUUGCACAUACUAACAUUGCACUAAAGAGAGACUUUGGGAACAGCGUGUUGAUCACUUUGUUUCUCAGCAGACCACAAAGUCAGCCGGAUGGGGUCUCUUUUUUUUUUUUUUUUUAAUUUUAAUUAUUAUUAUUUAGAAAUCAUGCUGGUGCUGAAUGACCUGGAAUUUUUUUUUUUUUUUUUUUUUUUUUUUUUGCUUGGAUUUAUCCAAAGGAAAAUGUAAUUGUAGCUGCACCGGGACCUUUCAUAAGGGUGGCCGUGCGGCGGGGGGCAGAGCAGCGGCUCUGCGGUGUCUUUGUACCGGGGGGUUCCUGUAGGUUCUUACUGUUUUUUAAGACCACGAUUUUAGAUGGUCACCUUGGCAGCCGGGCGAGACAGGGAAUAGUUUUUACUUUUGGUAAAGGUUUUAAAGAGAAAACAAAACAAAACAAAAGUGAAGCUGCCUGUGGCUGUGGGCUGUGGCUGUGACUCGGGCUGGGGUAGCUUGCACUGCUAUGGACUUUACUGCUCUCAUGCCGAGGGCAUGAACUCCCUGUAGCAACAAUGCCACUUCUGAGAAGUGAACGGCAAGUUCCCCUUCCUUUUGUAUAUGUGAACGUGAGGGUGGGAGAGGGAAAGAGCUUGCUUGUACAGUUUGUUGAAAUGAAACCAGACAUUUUUGGUUGUUCCUAAAUAAAGAGCGUCAAAUACGAA